AUGAACGAAGAUCACCAAGUGCCCGAGGAUCUCUCAGCGGAGGAAAGAGGUGAACUGUCAAGCAUUCGCCGCAGAAAAAAAGAGCUACUGGAUGAUAUAGAGCGUUUAAAGUUUGAAAUUGCUGAAGUGAUGACAGAGAUUGAACAGUUAACAUGUGGUGGAGAGAGCAAAACAACACAAAGAAACAAGCAAAUAGCUGUUGGAAGAAAGAAAUUCAACAUGGAUCCUAAAAAGGGAAUUCAGUUUCUUUUGGAAAAUGACCUUUUGCAAAACACACCUCAAGACAUUGCACAGUUUCUCUACAAAGGAGAAGGUCUGAACAAAACAGUCAUUGGAGAUUACUUGGGGGAACGGGAUGAUUUUAACAUCAAGGUUCUGCAGGCUUUCGUAGAGCUCCACGAAUUUGCAGACCUCAACCUUGUUCAAGCUUUGAGGCAGUUUCUGUGGAGCUUCAGGCUGCCAGGUGAGGCUCAGAAGAUUGACCGGAUGAUGGAGGCCUUUGCUUCACGCUAUUGCCAGUGCAAUCCAGGUGUCUUCCAGUCUACAGAUACCUGCUACAUCCUGUCAUUUGCCAUCAUUAUGCUCAACACCAGCCUGCAUAACCCCAACGUCAGGGACAAACCAGCGGUGGAGAGAUUCAUCUCCAUGAACCGUGGGAUAAACGGGGGUGGAGACUUGCCUGAGGAACUGCUCAGGAAUCUAUAUGAAAGUAUAAAAAAUGAGCCGUUUAAAAUUCCUGAGGACGAUGGCAAUGACCUAACACAUACAUUCUUCAACCCAGACAGAGAAGGUUGGCUCCUUAAACUAGGAGGAAGAGUAAAGACGUGGAAAAGAAGAUGGUUCAUUUUAACAGACAACUGCCUGUAUUACUUUGAAUACACAACUGAUAAGGAGCCACGGGGUAUCAUCCCAUUGGAAAACCUUAGUAUACGGGAAGUGGAUGAACCCAGGAAACCAAACUGCUUUGAGCUGUACAACCCCAAUCACAAAGGUCAGGUGAUCAAAGCGUGUAAAAUGGAAGCGGACGGAAGGGUGGUGGAGGGGAAUCACGUCGUCUAUCGAAUAUCGGCACCAACACCCGAAGAGAAGGAGGAAUGGAUCAAAUCCAUCAAAGCAAGCAUCAGCAGGGACCCUUUCUAUGAUAUGCUGGCGACCAGGAAGCGACGGGUGGCGAGUAAAAAGUGAGAGGGACUUGACCUUUGACACGGUCGUGAUGUGCACCAGAG